AUGGGUCGCGUCCGCACAAAGACGGUGAAGCGCUCGGCGCGACUGAUCAUCGAGAAGUACUAUUCGCGCAUGACGCUCGACUUCCAGACGAACAAGAAGAUCUGUGAUGAAGUGGCAGUCAUCCCCACGAAGCGCCUCCGCAACAAGAUCGCCGGCUUCGCGACGCACCUGAUGAAGCGCAUUCAGAAGGGCCCCGUGCGCGGCAUUUCGCUGAAGCUGCAGGAGGAGGAGAGGGAGCGGCGCAUGGACUUCGUCCCUGACGAGUCUGCCAUCAAGACGGACGUCAUUGAGGUUGACCCUGUUACCCUGGAUAUGCUCAAGGCCAUCAACAUGGCUACCCUUCCUGGUGUCACUCUGGUUCAGCCUCAAACUGGUGGUGGUGGCCCUGUUGGAGGCUAUGGCGGAAGGUCUUGUCCGGACCUGGGGCUUCUCAACACACUAAGCCCCGGGGUAUACAAUCAAACCUUAUUAAGAGGGCUGGAUUUCGUCCUCGCUCAAGCUAGACUUCGUGGCAUCAGAGUGAUGAUUGCCUUUUCCAACUUUUGGGGUAUGGGAGAUGGAGUGAAUAAGUACAUCAAGUGGGCUGGGCUGAACCACACGGACUUGUUCUUUAACAGCACUGUUUGCCAAAACUAUUACCAAAGCUAUAUGAAGAUGCUAGUUUCAAGGGUGAACACCUACAAUGGCGUCAGUUAUUUGAAUGAUACGACCAUCCUGGGCUGGAACCUGCUAAACGAGCCAAGGUGUUUUACUGAUGGCUGUCAAGAUUCUGUCCAAAGUUGGACCGAAGUGAUGUCAACAUACCUUAAGAAAGUCGAUCCCAAUCAUUUGGUUGCAACUGGGUACGAGGGAUUCUAUGGAGAAAAUCAUAACCACACGUCUAUCAAUCCAGGAGAGCCUUGGGGCCAUUGGGCGACACAGACAGGGCAGGAAUUCAUACGUAACAACAAGUUUUGGGCAAUUGACUUUGCAGUUGCACACAUUUGGUCGGAGAACUGGAUUGGAAACCAGCAGAAUACAUCAGCGAAGCUGUCAUUCAUACAGAACUGGAUUACGGCACAUAAUCAAGACGCUCGUGAUGUUUUAAAUAAGCCUCUAGUAUGGGAGGAGUUUGGAAUGCAGGAUGUUACCGUCAAUGGGACAUUCACCUCAAGAAACGUGUUUCUGACAGCCAUAUACGACGCUCUCUACACCUCCAUGGUUGAAGAUGGAACCGUGCAAGGGGACAAUGUUUGGGUCUUCAAGAGCCCAGAUGGAGAGUUUGGGUACACCAUUCGCCCAGGUCAGUCAGCAGCGGAGAUUGUGAAAAGCCAUGCAGCUGCUGUAAUGCAUCACAAACACAGCUUUGGUGAACCCUGCUGA